CACGACAUGAAGGUCCAUGCAAUGAGUCCACACAUCUCUUUGUCCUAUACCUCUCUCUACCAUAAGACCAGCACACACGCCGCCACAGCAGCGGCGACCGACAAACUGAGCAGCAAGUGCAUGCAGGCGCUCACCAGACCCCUCAGCCCAUUGCUGCCACGUGCAUUGGCGUCUCUUGCGUCCAUCAGCGAGGCCGCGUACUGCCCCACAGCACCCACAACCGACAGCAGCAGCACAGACAGCACCGCACCUCCGCGAAGAUGCGCUGAUCUCUCUGCGCGAGACGGCUCUGGUGUUGUUGCUGCUGGAGGCCUGCGACACACACACACACACACACAGAGAGAGAGAGAGAAAGAGAGAGACAUCCAUCCACCAAUCCACACACACACGCACACACGCCCGUCCAUCAGACUCACCCAUUGGGAGCAGCCACAAGCAUAAAAUCCCGUAUAUCAAGGUCGUCAGGCGACUCCAGACCCUCCAGCACCAUUCGGUGUGCGCCGUCCUGGGUGCUGAUGACGACACUGCCUGCUUGGAUGUUGAGCUGGCUGAGCGACGAGAUGUGGAAGGCCCGCAUGUCCAGCUGAUCCUCGCCGGGGGUGAAGUCGCUUAUGGUGGAUGUGCCGGCUUGGGUGGAGAGGACGAAGAGAUCGCUGCCCGCUCCCCCUGGUCGGGAGACACGCACACACAAUAUGUGCACCUGCAUGUGUCUCUUCGUCUCUCUCUCUGUCUCUCUCUCUCUUUGUGUGUUUGUAUACCGGUGAGCGUGUCAUUGCCCCCUCCCCCAUCUACACACACACACAAACAGAGAGAGAGAAACCGGAAGAGACACAUGUCGACACACACACAUAUGCUGUCUCUCUCAGAUCACCAAGAAUGUCGGUCCCGUCCCCUCCGUCCAGCACAUUCGCCGCCGUGCUCCCCAAAAUCUCGUCAGCCCUCCCUGUCCCCCUCACAUUCUGCACUGCCGAAACAGCCGACAGCUUUAUCAACUGCCCCUGCCCUCCACUGCCGCCACUGCCAUUGUCUUCAUCCUCCGUGUCACACACGAGCAUGGAUACCCCUGUCUCUGUGUCGGUUUCAUUUCUGCAUGUGGGUGGGAUGUGCUCGGACUUUGUGCGCAAAGCCGCGAAUGCGGCUUGUAUGUCGUCCCAUGGUGCGCGGGGGGGCGGGGGUGUGGGCGGGGUGUCGUCCUUGUCCGAUGGUGGGGGGGAUGUGCUGAUUGUUGGAGGAGAGGUGUCGGUUUCAGAGUCAGGGAGGGGGGAUGGGCUGCAUGUCAUGACACACACACAUGCACGCCUGCAAGUAUGGAAGAGACUCUCUGUGUAUGUGCGAAUGUGUGCUUACGUCAGAGAAGGAGACGGAGAGGGAGACACAGAGACACUGACGACAUACAAAGAAGGAGACAUACAGACACACACACACACGCGCAUACGUACCUCUCGGUCUCAGUUGGCUCCUCUGUGCUGCUGGCUGCCUCGGUCUCUGAUGAAGGUGGGAUCGUGUCUCCUGUUGGAGGCGUCUUCCUGCCCAUCGCACACGCACGCACCAGAUGCAAGCAGGCACGUGUGGACGUACGUGGUGCUUGUGGUGGUGGUGGUGCUGGUUGCAGCUGAGAGAGACACACGGCCAGACCAGACAUGAGACCGAAGGCGAGCUUUCCAUUCUCCUCACUUGUUGGCGGCUGUUGGUUGGAGGGGUUGAAUGACACCUGCACACACGUACACACUGACCUUGCGCCGCGUCGCGUCAUUCACAUGGCCUAUGACCAUGCGCACGUACAGUGAUAGUGCUCAUCCUCUGCCAGUUCGACUUCGUCUGUGCUAUCACGGCCUGCAUACACACACACACACACACAGACGUCCACACACAGAUUUCGCCGUGCGUAUACACAUGUCAUGUCACGUGCCUCGAAAGUGACGCUGCCGGCAGUCUCCUCCACAUUAUACCACUUGAUGCCCUCCGGCAUGUCCUUGUCCACGCUAUCUGUCCAACGGGGAAGGCACUCAGAGGGGGAGAGAGAGAGAGUGUCGUGCCGGCAUGAGUACCUCUGUGUGUCAAGAAAGGCCCCGAUCCAGGGCCGCAGUUCAUUUCCUGCAGAACACUGUUGCCAGGCCUUAUCCACCCGCCCCUGCUUGCCUAUCAACACACACGCAUACCCACACUGUGUCUGCGUGUGCAACAGACGAAUGCACGGCUGACCUUGAGGCUCAUGCCCUGGAAUUGAUAGCCACUGAGCGUUACACUAGCCGUCAUCUCAUCGUCCUUCGUCACCGACCUGCACAGGCAGCGCCAUACAUACGGAUGUCACUGACUCAAUGCGGACGCGCCGAAUUCUGCCGCGGCAUUUCAUACCAGGAGUAACCUCUAUUCGCGUUUGAACCGUGUCCAGGCGUCACUACGCCGCACUGCACGCGGCGUGGACAUGCGCACGCAAAGCGCUGCUUGCUCUUACCUGUUCCUCCUACUCAGUGCUUACCGGUGCGCCAGAAGCCAAUCCCUCACUCAUGCGGCCGCCGAAGAGCACGCAGAUGACCACAAGGAGCAGCACCAAGCUGUCCACGCGCAUUUUUUUU